AUAACAUAAUAUUACCUUAAAUGUAUCCUUUUUAUACAAACAUGUUUAUUAUCAUAUGACGGAUUUGCGACUGCGUGAGCUGCUAUGAAAAAACAAAAGGGCUUUUUAUUUGAGUGUAACGGUAUCAAAGACUCAGCGGUGUUAUCAACCUGCUGCCACAUAUCAAAUGGAAUCAACAGUUCAUGGUUUUUACCUUCACUUGAAUGAAUUCCAUAUCUCCAGGAUGACUCAUUUUGUACCUCUUGUGUUUGCAUUUUGCUUGGGAGCGGUGGUACCUGCUCUGAGCUACCCGGAGACAGCUUUCGCACCACCGGCUCAGCCCUGUCUUGCGCCCUUGCAAUGGGAGGGCAGAUCCGUCGAAUACAACCACGACACUGGGCGAAAUGCACGGGCCUCGGUGUCGUAUGAUGCACAGAACCACAGAAUAAGGCUUCUUCAACAGAAUAAAAGACAUACACCAUGCCAGAAAUACUUUGAGUUUAUCUACCUGUACAACAGUGGCCUGCUGUUCCAGAUCGAGCAGAAGACGAAGCAGUGUUCUAAGAUCCCCUUGACCCAGGCCUGGGACCCCUUUGACAUCCCUAUGAACUCCACCUAUGAGGACCAGUACUUUAUCGGUGGACCUGGAGACAUGAUCGAGGUGCAGGAGUGGUCAGAUAGGAAACCAGCCCGCAAAAAUGAGGCGUGGGUGGGCGUCUACACAGUGAAGGACUGCUACCCUGUCCAGGAGACCUACACCAGGAACAGCAGCGUCACUACCUCUACCCGCUUCUUUGACCUCCAGCUGGGCAUCAGCGACCCGGAAGUCUUCACACCGCCCAGCAGCUGCCAGUCGGCCCACCCAGAGAUGAUGGACUCCGACUGCUGAGGCCUUCACCUUUCCCCUUUGACCCCAUGCGCUCAGUUUUCACAUUUCCCCCACUUUUUGUUUUAUUAGGCAAGUCAGUUAAGAACUAAUUCUUAUUUUACAAUGAUGGCCUACCCCGGCCAAACCCACCCCUAACCCGGAUGACGCUGGGCCAUUUGUGCAC